CGGAGACAAAUAAAACCUUUCCUCGGGGUGUUUCAUGUUUUAACGCAGUUUACUGCUAAUGAGCCUGACGGGAGAGAGAGACGUCGACAGGCAACGAGAGGAGAGAGAGGGAGGAAGGGAGGGUGAGAUAAAGAGGAGGAAGAGCAGAGCGUAGGGCUCAGUCAGUCGCUCGGUGGACCAGAGCUCAGAUGGAGGUUUUUCCUCCUGCCGAGGAGACUGACGGCAUGACGACGACUUCCUGAGAGAGCGAGAGAGAGAGAGAGAGAGAGAGAGAGAGAGCCCCCAGUUUCCAAGGUGACGGCAUCCCUCCAUCCUCAUCCUCCUCCAUCGUCUGUGGCUCGACGGCGUCGUCAGGAUGGGAGAUAAAGGAACCAGAGUGUUUAAGAAAGCCAGUCCCAAUGGAAAGCUCACCGUCUAUCUGGGGAAGAGAGACUUUGUGGACCACGUGGACUUGGUGGAGCCUGUCGAUGGCGUUGUCCUGAUCGACCCGGAGUACCUGAAGGAGAGGAAAGUGUUUGUCACUCUGACCUGUGCAUUCCGUUAUGGUCGUGAGGACUUGGACGUCCUUGGGUUGACGUUUCGGAAGGACCUGUUUGUGGCAAACGUCCAGGCGUUUCCUCCGAUGCCUGAAGAGAAGAAGAAUCUGACUCGUCUUCAGGAACGGCUGAUUAAAAAACUGGGAGAGCACGCCUACCCGUUCACCUUUGAGAUUCCUCUGAACCUGCCGUGCUCUGUCACCCUGCAGCCCGGACCAGAGGACACCGGGAAGGCCUGUGGAGUGGACUUCGAGGUGAAAGCUUUCUGUGCUGAAAAUGUUGAAGAAAAGAUCCACAAAAGGAACUCGGUGCGUCUGGUGAUCAGGAAGGUUCAGUACGCUCCGGAGAAACCUGGUCCUCAGCCGACAGCAGAGACCACCAGGCAGUUCCUGAUGUCCGACAAACCUCUGCACCUGGAGGCCUCUCUGGACAAAGAGAUCUACUACCACGGGGAGCCCAUCAGCGUCAAUGUUCAUGUCACCAACAACACCAACAAGACCGUGAAGAAGAUGAAGAUCUCAGUGCGACAGUACGCAGACAUCUGCCUGUUCAACACGGCUCAGUACAAAUGUCCAGUGGCCACCGAGGAGUCAGAUGACUUUGUAGCUCCCAGUUCAACGUUCUGCAAGGUUUUCACCCUCACUCCUUUUCUGGCCAACAACCGAGAGAAACGAGGCCUUGCCCUGGACGGGAAGUUGAAGCAUGAGGACACCAACUUGGCUUCCAGCACCUUGUUAAGAGAAGGAGCCAAUAAGGAGAUCCUCGGUAUCAUUGUGUCGUACAAAGUCAAAGUGAAGCUGGUCGUGUCGCGAGGCGGGCUCCUGGGAGAUCUGGCAACGAGUGACGUUUCUGUGGAGCUGCCCUUCACAUUAAUGCACCCGAAGCCGUUAGACGAAUCCACAUACAAAGACGCUCCAGAUGAAGCUCCGAUCGACACAAACCUGAUCGAGUUUGACACAAAUGAUGAUGACAUCAUCUUCGAAGACUUUGCCCGCCAGCGACUGAUCGGGGCAAAAGACGACAAGGACGAAGAUGAAGACCCAGUGGACUCGCCCAAACUCAAUGACAGAUAAAGGCGACGAGUGUCACCGCUGCCACUGCUGCUGUUCUUGUUUCGCUGCUGUUUGUAGUGUGGAGCUAAUGGAGGUCACCUAUAGGUCAAACCACAGUCCGGACACCCUUUAAACACUUGGCGGUGCUGUGUUUGUGUUCUCAUUCAUGUCCGUCCUCUCUCUGCGUCCUGCCGGGGUGUUAAACGCUAGAAUACCACAGCCUAGACAUCCGUUGUGUUUUCAGGCGGUGCAGCUCCCCUCUCCUUCACCAGCCUGAUGACGUAUUGAACCGGCAGUCACGGUAUUGUAACGAUGGCUGGUAGCAUGCCUCCAAUAUCACUUUGUUCUAUGUGUUUCCAUUAGGGACCGAACAGGAGUAACGUUGUGUUGACAUUAGUUUACAUGUGUUGUAUCAGAGGGUCUUCAUAAACCACACUGCCAACUUUAGUUGGCCUGCAACAGUUUCACCACUUGAGCCACAACAGAGACUUCAGCUGAUGGAGGUUUAGCUAACGAGCUGUCCACAGUCGGUGUGUAUGUAGACGAAGCUGCAGAGCAUGAAGGAAACACAAGAAGCCGUCUGCAGGACGUCCCGACAGGCUGAGAGGACCUGUACCUGUUGGAGGAAACCACCAAUCAGCUGAGAGGAACUGGUGGCCUAGUUUGCAUGAGACAUGAUUUAUUAAUGUCAUGGAUUAAUUAACCUUUAUAGACUAGGGCCCCCUUUAAAGGAGCAUACUGUACCGCUUCUGUUGAUCAGUUUCCAAAUCGGCAUCAUGUUUUUGGAAUGAUUUCUGCUGCUCGGGUAUCACUUCAUUUCUAUGAAAAUCAACUGACUCAGGCUGCAUAUUAACCUCAGUAUUUCUUUUAGUACUGACCAAAAUAUAUCUGUAGUGGUAAGAAUCAAAAACCAUCAAGUACUAACAACUGGCUCAAACAGCAGACGUGCUCAGAUUCCUCAAAUAAACCAUUCAGUUAUUUUGCUCUCAGUACUAAAACUCAGGUAUGUAUCAGCACUGAAGUGGAAGUAGAAAUACAAAAGUAUAAGUAUUAAAACAUAACUAUCAAAGUAAUAAAUAAAAUAAAAAAGUACCAGUACUGGUCCUGUAGAACAGCCCGUGUCCCAGUAACAUUUCUGGUACUGGAUCAUGGUGACUAAUUACUGUGUCCAUCACUUUAAUGCUGCA